AUGCAUCCGAUUGUUUGUAAUGGUAACAAAUUGAAAUGGAAGUUUGACAAUAUCAAAAAUUUGGGCGAAGAUAGAUUUUCUAGUGAUAAAUUCACAAUUGGACCUGUUGAUUGGUUAGUUUACCAUUUUCUCAAAAAUAGUCAUUAUUCCCAUUCUAAUUGAUAAUUUUCAGGGUCAUCGAUAUUUCUGCGGGACCGAACAAUAACAAUGUGAAGUGUCUGGUAAUUUGGUUGAGAUAUGAUUCAGCUAACAAAGAUCAGCAUAAUUGGGUUUGCGAUGCCAGAGGAAAAUUCAAAUUAUUGAAACAGAAUGGGCUUGGAAAACAUGAAGUGGAAGAUUUAGAAAUUCGGUAUCAAGGAGUACGUGAAAUUUGGGGUGCAGAUAUGUUGCAGAUGAGAAAGGUUUUGGACAGUUCAAGUGGUUUCAUGAUAGAAGAUUCUGUGGUUGUUGAGAUAGAAUUCAAUUUCAAGUAUCAUGAUUUCUCAAAAAACGUAGAAAACUUUACUGAUAUCAAAAUCAAUGUCCAAGAUACAGAUUUUUAUCUGAAUAAAGGAGUGAGUUAUUAGUUGUAUUAAUUCAACUCAUACAAAUGUAUUCAGGUUCUCAGCUCGAAAUCUGAAUAUUUCUACGAUUUAUUCGUCAAUAAUAAAUACACCGAGACUUCAAAAAAAUUGGAGGAUGUUACUGCAGAGGAAUUGUGUUGUAUUCUCGUGUCUUAUCCUUGUGUUGAUCCAUUGUUCGGUUUGUUUUUAGUCAACUGGUUUAAAUACAAAAUAUUUUUAAAGAAAAAUUUCUUGAUGAUUACAUUGAGACCGCUAACACAUACGGUGUUCCAUCACUUCAUGAUACCUGUGAAAAAUAUUUGAUUUCUAAUAAUAAUAUGGAAAUAAUGGAUAAAAUCAAAUAUGUAGAGGAUAAUGGAUAUGAAAAAGUGUUAGAGGAUUGCAUCGAAAAACUCAAAUCCCCAGUAGAAAUCAAGAAAUUACACACUGAUCCAAGAUUUGAUAAAUUGAAAGAUGACAUAAAAUUGAAAAUCAUGAAUCGUUUGUUGGACAUGUUUUAA